AUGAGCACUUCGAAUGACAAUUAUACAAUCCACAAGGUUUCUCUCAAACGUACGCGCCAAGCAUGUGGUCCAUGUCGUCGCAAGAAGGCUCGGUGCCCGGGUGAGAAGCCCACAUGCUCACUAUGCAGCAGGUUAGGACAACGGUGCACAUACGGAUCACAGGAAGCUCAGAGCAAUGCCCGAGGCCAUCGGACAGACGUGAAUGACGAGAACACCAACCUAGAUGGAUCAGCUGCAGAAGCAGAUUCUGAAGUCUCCUCGUCACGGCGAGUUCAACGUAUAGAACACAAACUAGACGAAAUCUCCUUGUUGCUUCGAGAACGUCUGCCCCCGGCCGAUGCCCUAAUCGAAGCAUUACAUGGGGAUAUACCUACAACUCUGGACCAUAUCCAACAUCAGCCUGAUGAAGCACCCAAUCUAGGCGAGACAUUAACAGUAGAUGAUGAUUUAACGGCAAGGUAUGGACAGAAAUACCUGGAGCUUAGGCACGCGCAACUCACGUAUUGCAGCUGUCCACUUUCACCAUCGUUUAUCCAAACAGAAGUCGAGGUCUAUCUCAACAAGUUCCAUGACCAGCCAUAUUGCGUUUUUGUCGAGCAAUGGCUUCGAGAGAAUUCCCGGUCCUUACCAUCAGAAAUUGCUUUCGCAUUGGUCGGCCUCACUCGUCGCCUCACCGUUAAUUCACCCGGCAUGCCGAAUCUCGACACACCGACGGGAAAAUAUUGCACAGAAAAAGCGUGGGAAAUACUAUCAGCGCAAUACCAGCAGGGAAAGACCGGUCUUUCAUUUCUGCAGGCAACUUUUCUUGUCGCCCAGCUAGAUUUUGCCGAUGGGAAUGCACACCGUGGUUGUGCUUCGGUCGCUGUUGGUCUUCGAACCAUCCAAUCAUUUGGAUUCAAUCAGGGAAAGACACGAUCCUCCUUCACCAAGACCGAAGCGGAGGCUAGGCGGCGAAUAACAUGGGCCUUUUUCAUGCUUGAUCGCACCUACAAUGCUUCGCGAAACUAUUCCCUCUGCCUCUCUGAUAAUCACUUCACACUUUUUUUCCCUUCGGCCUCGGACGAUGUUCCAGCGCUGGGGACGCUGCAUGAAAAGUCAAUGAAACAGGGUCAAAAGGUCGACCAAGGCAUCAUAGCUUGUCUCCUCCGGCUCUACUCACUUUGGGGUAAAGCAACGGAAUGGGUCUUCGAGCCCCUUCCCACAAGCACCCUGCCUCCUUGGAGGACUGGCUCAGCUCUGGCGAUUCUGGAAUCAGAGUGGAUGAUAUUCGAGACUCAAUUCGCAGACGUUCAUCGCUAUAUGAAUGUUGAUUUCAAACGGCGAGCGCGUCAGGAUCCACAGUCCCGGCCGUACUUGUCGACCUGGCUAUGUGUUCAAUUCCUUUUUCAUUCGAUACAGUGUCUUCUUCACCAUCCUUUUGUGACCAUGAUCAAGCUACGUCAUUUAAGUGAGAAUCUGUCUGCGACAUUCUUGCAAAAGUCAUUUGAGACGUCUUUGCUUCAUUCGCGCUGGAUUGCAAGAUUCAUCAAGGAAAUGGCUGAGGUUGAUCUGCACCUGUGUGACCCGUUCUUUGGAUAUCUAGCUGCGAUUGCUGCUACUAUUCAACUUGAACAUACCGGAAACAAGAACCCACAGAUCGCACUUCUAGUCAACAAUGAGUACCGAGUCCUUGUGAACUUCAUCACUGAACUUUCCUCUCAUUGGGAAAACAUGGGCGUACUAGUGCGUCGGAUAAAUGAAUUAGCUACCCGCCAUAGCAACUAUGGGUCUCUUUUCUACAAUCAAGAAGGGUUCUCAGGAGAACUGUCUAGCAUGCCUACACCAGCGAACCUGCCCAGAAUGUCGACUGAAGACGAGGCCUUGAUGUGGGAUAUUCUAGAUUUCGCUUCUUCAUCCAGUCCCCUUGAAGCGACUGAGGCUACCUUGCCAGCACCGACAAGGAAGAAACGAAAAACCAUGAAACAGCCGAUUGGAAGGUCAUCCCGACAAAUGAAAUUCGAUGAAAAUGGGGAUACAGACCAUACGACCACUCCAGGUGAACAUACUCAUAUGGAUUCGGUGAUCGACGGAUUGGGCUGUCCGAUGGUGAAUGAUGAAUCGAUCUCUGAUUGGCAAUUCCCUGAUCGAGCUGGAUGUAAUGCUCCUGGCUCAUUGGUGCCUGACAUACCUGAUUGGAUGAUAUUCGGCGACUUUAUGUCUGAGCAUCUCUAA